AGUACGCGGAGUGCGCAUUACGUCCGAGAUUACUUGCAAAAAUCAAAAGUUAUCUAGCAAAUGAAAACCGCGGGCAAGUAUCGCAUUUUAGUUAAAUAAUGUUAAUCGUUUGCAUUUUUCGUCAUAUAAACAUCAGUGAAGAGAAAUAUAUUUCGAAGACAACACACUCUUGAGACGGGAAGAUGGACACGAAUCAGCUAAUAUUGUCACAAUUUAUCACAUUUUUCUGUCUUUUGGGAGUCGGGAAGUGUCUGUAAAUUACUAUACCAGUCAUUCGAGCAGCAGAUUUUAUACGUUGUUUUCAGUAUUGGUUUGCAGUCGUUAAUAAUGUUUCUCCCUUAACCUCUGAAAUGUUUUUACUUUAAUUUUACAAUAGGCUUCCUCAUCAACAAAUACAUUGUAAACCUAUUACUUUUUAUUAUUCACUCUUCAGGGUGAAAAAGGGGGAGUUUAAAACCGAAUUAAAACGAAACCUGAUUAGUUUAUCCUAAAAUAUCGUCUUCCUAAUUAACGUCAUAUUUUGGUCUAUGUUUAUAUUUGGUUUGUUUGUUUUUGUUUACAUAUUGAUUUCACAUCCUGUCAGUUGUCACGAUGAGCUGGUAAGCAAGUGGAUCUAGACCAUAGAAGAUCUAGACAGGCUUUAGAGUUUAUUGAGAAGUUGGAAAAUGUGUGAAUAUCCUGAACAUUAAAAAUGUUGUUCUGACAAUUUUUUUUUUUAUUUUUCCUGGAUGAUAUGGAAGAGCACAGGUAUCAGUUUUCCAUAGUCAGAUCAGGUACUAUAUAAAAGCUUGUGUUUAAAGACAGUCAGAUGAGAGCAGUCACCUCUGAGCUCACUAGUCACAGCAGGGCUACAGAUCAGAUGAAAGAUCAGAUUAACUCUGGGGACUUGACACUAAUACUGACACUAAUCGCUAACAGUGUUUUAUUUCCCUCACUUUUUUUUUUUUUUGUUUGUUUCUUUCUAGGCCUUGCAAAGAUGAUAACAAGGAUGAUGCAGUUGAACUUCAGACACUCUUUUGCAUUUGAUGGCUCGCAGAUGACAGAACAUUAAGUGAAGUGUCAUACUAGAUUCAGGUAUCCUCUUCAGAUCUACCAGUUUGAGACAGAGCAAUUACCAUGGAAAAUGCAAGCAUGUCUUUCAAAAGAGAAACCUGCAUAGAACUUAUCUAUAGGAAUAAAGUCAAGUGGAAACCAGGGGCUCUUCUGCUUGUGUGUGUGUGUGUGUGGCUUCUGUGCUCUCAGUCAGUGUCCAGCAGCAACCAAAGCUCUCGAGGCCAAACGGGCCGGUCUGAAGUUAAGCCGGGAACCUGUGAAGUGGUGGCAGCUCAUCGUUGCUGUAAUAAGAAUAAAAUAGAGGAGAGGUCUCAGACGGUCAAAUGCUCAUGUUUCCCUGGACAGGUUGCUGGGACCACCCAUGCCCAACCUUCAUGUGUUGAUGCGUCUAUCGUGCGGAUGAAGUGGUGGUGUCAAAUGGAGCCCUGCUUAAAUGGUGAAGAGUGUAAAGUGUUGCCUGACCUCACCGGCUGGUCCUGCAGCUCUGGGAACAAAAUCAAAACUACUAAGGUCACGAGGUAAAGCAACACUUCUGUGGACAUGUGAUGACAACUCAUAAUUUCACGCGAGCAUAUUUAAAAAUCAGACCUGCAAAUGUCAACAAAACUGCAUGCUCGAGCAGAAACGUGCGAACUGUGAACUAAGACUGUGAAAAGAGUUAAAACGAUGCAAGGCUCCGGCUUCACAAUAUAUUUCUAGUUCAAAUAAAUGCUGUUUUUUACACUAUUCGUCCAGAAUUCUGAAAAAAAGUAUCACAGUUUCCAUAAAAAAAUUACGUUUUUAGCAUCGAAAAUAAUAAGAUGUUUUACAGAAAAAGACAAAAAGUCGUACAGGUGUUGAAGGACACAAGAGGGAGAAAUUGUUGCUUUUUGAGAGAGCUAUGCCUUUAAAUAUCUUUGGAAGUCACAGGUAUGUUUUGUUUUAUAUCGAUUAAACCAUGUUGCAUCAUAAUGCAAAAAUCUGUUGUUCCCCAAAUUGUAACCAAGUUAACUCUGAUGUUGUUUUUGCACAGCAAAACUUCUUCUGGGGUUCUGAUUUAGACAAAUAUUAAAAUAAAGCUC